CUUCUUGGUUCCCCAGCGCCUUCCCAUAUUUCGGAGGAUCCCGAGCCGUGCCAGCCCCAGGAAAAUCAAGCCAUGGACCCGGGUGCCUGCAGCACCUCGGUGGCCGACGCCGCCGGGGAGUGCGAGCGCGGCGUGCCCAGGGUCUGCGGGGUCUGCGGGGACAGAGCCACCGGCUUCCACUUCAACGCCAUGACCUGCGAGGGCUGCAAGGGCUUCUUCAGGAGGAGCAUGAAGAGGAAGGCCAUGUUCACCUGUCCCUUCAGCGGGGAGUGCCACAUCACCAAGGACAACCGGCGGCACUGCCAGGCCUGCCGGCUGAAACGCUGCCUGGACAUCGGCAUGAUGAAGGAGUUCAUCCUUACGGACGAGGAGGUGCAGAGGAAGAGGGAGAUGAUCCUGAAGAGGAAGGAGGAGGAAGCCCUGAGGGAAAGCCUCAAACCCAAACUCUCAGAGGAGCAACAGAAAGUCAUCGACAUCCUGCUCGAGGCCCAUCGCAAAACCUACGACCCCACCUAUGCUGACUUCACCAAAUUUCGGCCCCCUGUGAGGAGCCAACCCAGCAGCAGAGGGGCCACAAAAUCCUCGUCCCUGCUCACCCAGGACCUGUCCUCAGAGGAUUCCUCAGAUCUCUUCAGCUCCGAGGCCUUCAGCACAUUCCCAGACACCGCGGAGCCGCCGCCGUUCCCCAGCCUGGCGCUGCAGGAGGAGCAGGACGAGAGCUCCUCGGUGAACCUGGAGUUCUCCCAGCUCUCCAUGCUCCCACACCUGGCUGACCUGGUCAGCUACAGCAUCCAGAAGGUGAUCGGCUUUGCCAAGAUGAUCCCGGGAUUCAGGGAUCUGUCUGUGGAGGACCAGAUCGUGCUGCUCAAGUGCAGCGCCAUGGAGGUGAUCAUGCUGCGCUCCAAUGAGUCCUUCACCCUCGAGGACAUGUCCUGGACCUGCGGCAGCAGCGACUUCAAGUACAGGGUCAGCGACGUCACCCAGGCCGGGCACAGCAUGGCCCUGCUGGAGCCACUGGUGAAGUUCCAGGUGGGGCUGAAGAAGCUGAACCUGCACGAGGAGGAGCAUGUGCUGCUCAUGGCCAUCUGCAUCCUGUCCCCAGACCGGCCGGGCGUGCGGGAGCCGCUGCGGGUGGAGGCGCUGCAGGAGCGGCUCUCGGAGGUGCUGCAGAGCUACAUCCGCGCCCGGCACGCCGCGCCCGGCGGCCGCCUGCUCUACGCCAAGAUGAUCCAGAAGCUGGCGGACCUGCGCAGCCUCAACGAGGAGCACUCGCGGCAGUACCGCUGUCUGUCCUUCCAGCCCGAGCACAGCAUGCAGCUCACGCCGCUGCUGCUCGAGGUCUUCGGCAACGAGAUCUCCUGAGCGCCCGCACGGCAGGAGCGGCCCCGCAGCCCUGCGGGACGGGGAGCCGGCGCUGGGUGUGCGGGAGGAGCUGAGCCCGGGCAGGGGUCGGGGUCUGGGGUCGCGGCUCCAGGAGCAGCUUCCCCGCAUCUCCACGGGUGGUUUGGGGCCGGGCUGCCCCGAAUCCCUUCCUUUUGCGAAUGUAUGGAAGGGGCAAGUGCCGGGAGAUGAACUGGGAUGAGCCAGAGGCAGCCGAGAAAGCCCCGAGGGGGGAAAUGUCCUCGACCCUCAAAGGGAAGAGCAGGACGAGCUUUGUUUGCACUCCCUGGGAAUGGGGGAGCAGGGGCAUCUCCAGGAGACAGCCCCACUUUGGAGCGGGACCCCUCUGCGGGAUGGGGUGAUGACUGCUGGGAUGGGACAGGACCCCUGGGAUGAGGCAGGGACCCCAAUUCCAGCUUGGCCUCCUUCCCCUGCCGUGUUCUGGAAGCGGCUCCAGGCCCCUGUACCCACCCGAAACAAGGGGGCUUUGGGAGCUGGGGGCUCCAGAGCCCUGGGAAGAGCCAUGACAGCCCCCCGGGGCCACGAGCAACAGUAAGAGGGUCCCUGGUGUCCGGAGGGUCUCCGGUUCGGGCCAAUAAACUCCUGCUGGGCAAACCAA